UUGACUAGUCGCCUUGACAAAAAUUGCUCAGUAUCAAGAAUUGAAACAUUCUCAAAAUCCGGUUGGUGGCCGGUAUUUUCCGCAUGGAUCGUUAGUGCUGUUUUGUUGUCAUCACUUUUCUCAUCAGGCGCAACGGGUUUAACGUAAUCGGGUGUUAUGUGCUUGGUGCUCGUUUUGUGUGCAUACAUACGGACUCGAACGCGAUUUUUAGUUUGUCCGACGUAGUUCUUUGAGCACGGUUCAUUCUCUUUUCCACGGCAGGGGAUUUUGUAGAUAGCGUUUAGAAGAAGUCAAAUGGCUUCUUUCGUUGGGAAAAAGGUUCGCUGUGCCAGUUAGCAACCAAAAACUGCCGAUUAUUAAGCUGUUAGUGGAUGUUGAAGAUUGCAUCAAAACAUUGCCCGGAUAUGAUGAGAAUGGCGAUUGGAUUAACGAUAGGGAUAUUGUACGAGCACAAGUGGCUAACAUUUUGUCGAACAUCCAAUCGAAACCCGAUUCAGCCACUCCAAUUCAGAAGCUCAUAUCAAACAUUCAUACCGACUGCAUCCAAUUUUUGAAACAACACGACGAAUUAGUUAUUCUAGUUGCAGAUAAAGGCGGGUGUACGGUGGCUAUGAAUAAAACCGAAUACGAGGCAAAAAUGCAGCAACUUCUCGAUGAUAAAAUGACAUACAAAUGCCUAGGCAGACGAUCGCCUCUAGUUCGACUCGAAAAACGAGCGAAUGAAAUCAUCGAGACACUCAACGAAUGCGGUGACAUUGAUUGGAAGCAGAGAGCAAGGAUGAAAAAGAAUAACACACAAAUCUCGAGAAUUUAUGCUUUCCCCAAAUUGCAUAAACCGGGUCAUCCACUACGUCUCGUGAAUUCAACAACAAACAGCCCAGCUUCAGCUCUAUCCAUUUGGCUUGAUUCUUUUCUCCGUAACAUCAUUCAUGAAAAAUACGAUGUAAAGAAUUCGCAGCAGGUGAAAGAGAAAUUGAGGACGAUAACACUUGACGAAAAUGACAUCAUCGUAUCGCUGGAUAUCGUUUCACUUUUUCUGAGUAUACCGAUCCGGCAAACCAUCGAUUUGAUAAUGAAAAAAUGGAGAAAGUUGUACAGAAAAACGGCCAUGUCGAAAAAGAUCUUCGUUGAAUUGCUUGAAUUCGUACUGCUUGAAGCAGCUGUCUUUGCCUACGGUGACAUGUAUUACCAGCAAAUCGACGGAACAGCAAUGGGCAUCAAUGUCGCACCAACCAUCGCGAAUUUUUUCACCAAUGAGAUCAUCGACCAAGUGCUUGACACCCUCGAUUGGACACCAAAAAUGCUAAUGAAAUAUGUCGAUGACAUUUUUGUAAUAAUUCCUCGCAACAAACUUGACGAAUUUGUGAGUAAAUUGAACGCUGUUUUCCCACAGAAAAUCGUCUUUACGGUCGAAAAAGAAACAAAUGGAACCCUCCCGUACCUUGAUUUGCUGAUUCAACGCGGUGACAACAACGACAUCAAAGUUGAUUGGUACCAGAAACCAACAGCCGCAAAUCGCAUUUUGAAUUUUCAAUCCCAACACCCUUUGAAACAAAAGGAAGCGGUUGCAUAUGGUUUCUUCAGUCGAGUUUUAUCGAUUGUGGACGACGAAUUCAAGCAAAAAAACAUCGACAAAAUCAUCAGCAUCCUACGUGAGAACGCAUAUCCAAUGCGUGUAAUCAAAGCACAACUCAACAAGUUCAUUAGGAAUCAGAACCGACCGCCGCAAACGCCAUCACAGCGAACAUCGGAACCGAUUCGAAGAAAAAGAUUUUCGUAUUUCCCGGUGAUUUCUGAAGACAUUAAACAAGUGUUUAAAGGGAAGAACGAACACUUAGAGCUCGCAUUCAAACCGAUGAAUCAAUUGGGCGAGACGGUGUUCACAAAACUCAAACAAAAGAUUGAAACACCCGACCAAAUAAACGCUAUCUACAAAAUCCCCUGCCGUGGAAAAGAGAAUGAACCGUGCUCAAAGAACUACGUCGGACAAACUAAAAAUCGCGUUCGAGUCCGUAUGUAUGCACACAAAACGAGCACCAAGCACAUAACACCCGAUUACGUUAAACCCGUUGCGCCUGAUGAGAAAAGUGAUGACAACAAAACAGCACUAACGAUCCAUGCGGAAAAUACCGGCCACCAACCGGAUUUUGAGAAUGUUUCAAUUCUUGAUACUGAGCAAUUUUUGUCAAGGCGACUAGUCAACGAAAGUCUUCAUAUUUAUUGCAACGAUUCAAUGAAUUUACGAAGAGAUGUUCAAGGCAUCUCAAAAACAUACGCAUCGGUACUUCAAAGUGUUAAAGCCCGAAACACACAAUCUCAACGGCGAAAUGUCAACAGUAAUGCGGCGAAUCCGAUGACUGUCACACAACCGAUAGACGAAGAAGAAGGAGAAUGAUUCACAUUCAUUGAUAUUGACUGUUCAAUUCCAAUUAGUUUUACUUUUUUCACUAUUUAAACAUUUAAAUAUUUAAGUAUUUUGUAUUUUUAAAACCAAUUUCCUGUGAUUUACACCGAACGUGAUCGAAAUGUUCGCGUUAAGAGAGAAUUUCAAUUUUGCGUAAAAACGCAUUCUAACUUGCUUGAUAAUGGAACACCGAGUGUGUCUGAAACGUCGCAACCAGAAAUAAACAAAUUAUCGACUAAAACUAGCCUGCGGCAUAGCCAUUUUUUCAAUUAAAUUCAACAAUAGUCGACAGAACCAUUGGUUCAUGAACCACCAAUUACUCGAUAACAAUAAAUCUAUGGGCAGCGAUGUAGUCCGAAAAGCGUAAAUCUCAUUUAAAAAACCGAAACCUGAAAAAGACCACGCAUGCCUUUAUUAGCUUGGCAAUGCCGUGAUUCGAGCCAUGCAAUGAAACUAUGAUGUACUAUUGAAUUCACUUUUCAUCACGGAGACAGAAAGUUUCUUUUUUUUUGUUGGUUUCGGUCGAAUGAGAAAAUCGCCUGUGAAUCACAAAUGUAAUUUUAUAACAACAACAA